AUGUUCUUGGACAUAUUCAACGUCGGUGUCCUAGCAACAACAUCCACAACCCUAAUCUCUGUCCUAACAUUCAACUACCUCCUCCCCCUCCUUCUCCCCACCUCCUCCUCAUCUUCUUUCUUUUCCUGCCUCCAAACACUAUCAACAAAAACCCUCCACAUCCAAGCAUAUUCCCUCUUCUUCUGCUGCAUCAUCCUGUUGGCAGCUAUGAUCCCAUUCAUGCUGUUCUUCGCUAUGCGCGAGGCGGUGGUUCGCGCAUUUGUGGGGAUGCUUGAGUUGCCUAAGGAGGUGGUUCAGAAGGUGUCGGCGGCUAGUGGAAGUAUGCCUGUGUAUAGUAAGAUUGACUAUAUCAGAUUGGUAGCCAUCUUCCCAUGGUUCUCACUCUUCUUCACCUUUAUCGCGGCGGUUGUUUUGCUUAAAGCGGACAAAGUGGCGCGUGUUGCUGCUGUUUUGAAUGAUAAUUUGGAGACGAGUGAUAAGAAGGCAAAGUCGGAGGCGAGUGAUGAGAAGGAGACGGAGUCGCGUCUUGAGAAAGUCGAUGUUUGA